AUGCUGAGGGCCAUCAUCUCUGGCCUGGGGUGGAGGAGAGGCAUUUGGGGCUGCGCCUUUAGCUCAUGGCAACCCCAUCAGCCUCCGGCUGGGUUGUUGAGUGCCACCAAAGUGGUCAGCCACUGGACAGCGGUCUUUGAGGAAAAGGGCAUCCCUGAGGCCCGGGAAUCCAGUGAGUACAUCGUGGCUCAUGUCCUUGGAGCCAAAACAUUUCAGAGCCUGAGGCCAGGACUUUGGACCCAGCCCCUGACCCCUUGGCAGCUACAGUGUAUCCAGGAGCUGAGUAGCUACCGUUUGCAAAGGAUGCCUGUGCAGUACAUCCUUGGUGAAUGGGACUUUCAGGGUCUCAAUCUGAAGAUGGCGCCCCCAGUUUUCAUCCCUAGGCCAGAAACGGAGGAGCUGGUUGAAUGGGUGCUGGAGGAGGUGACCCAAGGACCCCGCGUGGUGGGAGCUGAAGGCGGUCCCCUCAUCUUGGAGGUGGGCUGUGGAUCAGGAGCUAUCUCCCUCAGCCUGCUGAGCAGGCUUCCCCAGAGCCGAGUCACUGCUGUGGAUAAGGGAGAAGCCGCCAUCUGCCUGACCCAUGAGAAUGCUCAGAGGCUUCGGUUGCAGGACAGGAUUCAGAUCGUCCCCUUCGAUGUGACCUUAGUGGAGAGCUGGGCGCACCUUCUACCCUGGGGCCCUGUGGACCUGGUCGUCAGCAACCCUCCCUACAUCUUCCACCGGGACAUGGAGAAGCUGGCUCCUGAGAUCCUCAGAUAUGAAGACCCAGUAGCCCUGGAUGGUGGUGAGGAGGGCAUGGACGUCAUUACCCACAUCCUGGCCCUGGCUCCGCAGCUCCUGAAGGACUCUGGAAGCAUCUUCUUGGAAGUGGACCCACAACACCCGGAGCUCGUGGGCAGCUGGCUUCAGAGCCAGCCUGACCUGUCCCUUCAUCUCGUGGCUGUGCGCAGGGACUUCUGUGGGAGGCCACGGUUCCUACAUAUCAGGAGGUCUGGGCCACAGCGUGGUUCCCCUGUGGAUGCCUGGCCAGGGCGCCAACCUGCCAGAGUGCCUGGCUGA